UAACAGAGGGCGCACUUGUUUCAGACAUCCGGGCGACGAGCCGGUUCACUUUUAUCACAUGAUCACAUUGAUGCGGCAAGAUUUCUGAAACGAGUAAAAUUUCAGCCGGAAAAUGGCUGCCAUUGUAGUAGGAGCGAUAGGCCUACACAUUAUAAAUGAUGUUCUCGAAAGUGAUGAGGAAGACGACGAUUUGGAAGAUAUUUUUGCCAUUUCAGGAGCAAGUUUAAUUGUAAGAGAUGACAGAAUAAAGUCUCAGAGAUACUAUGAGACAACAAUUAGAAACUACCUGCCAGACUCUUUUAAACGGUUUUUUAAAGUAAAUAGAGAAACUCUUGAACUUUUAUGUGAAAAUCUUGCUCUUCAUCCAACAUUAAGUACACGUAUUGUUUCUGGUGGAAGACCCCAAAUUCUGUUGGAGAAAAAAAUUCUAAUGACCUUAAGGUACCUGGCAUCUCAAGAAACUAUUUGCGAACUAAGUGACCGCUUUGGUGUAAGUGAACACUGUUUUCUUAAGAGCAAAAAGCAGGUUAUAAUGGCUGUGAUUGAUACUUUUUUCAACAAAUGUAUAAAAUGGCCAGAUGUAGCAGAUUUUCCCAACAUUGCAAGAGAAUUUGAUGAAAUGGGGGCAUAUAAUUUUCCAGGUGUGAUUGGAGCCAUCGAUGGUUGCCAUAUACCAAUCGAAGCACCAUUACAGAAUGCCAGUUCUUAUUAUAACAGAAAAAAGUUCCAUUCCAUCAUACUUCAGGGUGUUUGUAAAAAUGAUCUUCUGUUUACAGAUAUUAAUGUUGGUUGGCCUGGAAGGGUACAUGAUGCUAAAGUACUAAGAAAUUCUAAUCUCUGGGAAGCUGGAUUCGAAAAAUGUGCACAUGGACGCUACCAUAUUUUAGGAGAUGCAGCAUACCCCCUCAAACAGUGGCUUCUUACGCCUUACCGCGAUAAUGGCCAUUUGAACCAACAACAACGACGCUACAACUUGCAGUUGUCCUCUAAAAGACAAGUUAUCGAACGUGCAUUUGCAUUACUAAAAGGACGCUUUAGAAGACUCAAGUAUCUCAAUAUUAAAAAAGAAAUGGAUAUGUGUCAAACUGUAGUUUGUACAUGCAUACUUCACAAUAUAUGUAUUUUACAGAAUGACAGAUUGGAUGACAUUAUCAAUGUAGAUUCUGAUGAUGAAGAUGGUCAAGGGCAUGUAAAUGUUUAUCCAUGGCUUCAGAAUGAUGCCCAGGGAACCCUUAAAAGAAUACAAAUUACAAACAGAAUGUAGAUACUGUACCUUGUGC